AUGGCUUUCGCCACCCGAUUAUUUUCCAGAUCCACUCGCCAGAGUAUUAUGCGACUGGAGCAUUCGAUUCCGGCCCGUUCAUUUGCUAAAGGAGCUGGCAGUUCUCCUCCUUCGUUAAAGGGUGAUGAGAUGCUGAAGGGCAUUUUUCUGGAGGUUAAAAAGAAAUUUGAUACAGCCCUUGGGAUUCUCAGAAAAGAAAAGAUCACAAUAGAUCCUGACAAUCCCACUGCAGUGGCUGAAUAUGCCAAAGUCAUGAAGACUGUAAGAGAGAAGGCUGAUCUCUUUUCAGAGUCGCAGAGGAUCAAAUACACUAUUGAAACAAGAACACAAGGUAUUCCAGAUGCUCGAACAUAUUUGCUGACGCUGAAGGAGAUAAGGAUCAAGAGAGGCCUUACUGAUGAACUGGGUGCAGAGGCUAUGAUGAUGGAUGCAUUGGACAAAGUUGAGAAAGAACUGAAGAAGCCUCUUGUAAGGAAUGAUAAAAAGGGAAUGGCCCUUCUUAUGGCAGAGUUCGAUAAGAUCAACCGAAAGCUAGGAAUUCGUAGAGAAGAUCUGCCCAAAUAUGAGGAGCAGUUGGAACUUAAAAUUGCAAAAGCACAGCUGGAGGAGCUGAAGAAGGAUGCUUUUGAAGCAAUGGAUACUCAGAAGAAGAGGGAAGAGUUCAAGGAUGAAGAGAUGCCGGAUGUGAAGUCUUUAGAUAUCAGAAACUUCAUAUGA